AUGCCGCCUAUUGAAACCCGCCCCCAUCCUUCCAAACACCGCGCCCUCCACGCCACGCAGCCCUUCAGACCCUCCCAGACAAUCCACACCUUCCACCCACUCAUCUUACACCCAUCGCUCUCGCAUCUCGCAUCCGUAUGCACGCAUUGCCUCCGUCCCGGCUCGCCGCGCGCGUGUUCCCGCUGUCACGCCGCAUACUACUGCAACACCAGCUGCCAGCAAGCCGCCUGGACGGCCGUCCACUCCAAAGAAUGCAAGGCCCUCCAACAACGCAAGCUGGGUUCCCGAACAGGCGCCGACCUGCCCACCCCCGUCAGAGCACUUCUCCAAACCCUUCUCAUCAAGGAAAUUGAAGACGGGGUCGCCGCGCUGGAUGGACACACCGAGGAGAGGAGGAAGACCAAGAGCUGGCCCGACUUGGAGAUGAUGGCAUUGGCGGCGUGUGCCUUUGCCGGGAGACAAGGGGAGAGCAACGUCCGCAAGGCAGUCGAGCUGCUUUGCAAGAUCCAGACGAAUGCGUUUCACAGAUGGGACGUGGACCUAGGCCAGGUAGGCGUGUUUCUGGAACCGACGCUCGCAAUGGCCAACCACUCGUGCGUGCCCAACGCCGUGGUGCAGUUUGUAGGCCGCAAGGCGAUACUGAGGGCUGAGAGGCCGAUCCAGGCCGGCGACGAGAUUGAAAUAUCCUACACGGAUUACACGAUGCCCCUGUCCGCACGCAGGGAGGCGCUCGAGCAGUAUAGCUUCGAAUGCACAUGCGCCAGGUGCAAGGGCGACUUGAACGUGUACCAGGUCCGCACAGCCUGCCCAAACACGUACAGCGUGGCGGACGUAUCCGGCGACGGGCAUCCCGCCCUCACAGACAAGGCCGCGCAGGACGCGGCGGCGAGAUACACCACGGAACCAGCCCGGCUGCCGGACUCGCUGCCCGCCCGCUACGCGGCUCUCAGGGCACAAUACCGCCUUUGUCGGAAGCUCGUCGACGCCAAUCUGUGGGCCGUGUCGCCCGUGCCGCAACUCCUCGCCGAAACGGCAAUCUACUUUUCCGAGAAGGACAACUUCCCGUACGCGGUGGCCGUGACGGCAUUGAUGGCGACGUCUUGCGACCCGUUCCGCUACCCUGCGCCGUUUCACCCUGUCCGCUUAAAGAAUCUCUUCAUGAUGGCCAAGUUGCUAGCUAAUACUGCCGAGAGCACGGGGAAUGCCGUGGCGGCGUCGGCAGGUGGACUGGACCAGAAACUCCAGGACACGCUGUCGAAUAUAGAUCAGGUUUCUCUGUGUCAGAUGCUACUCAUUAUGGUUAUCAAGAUGUGUCCCGGGGAGCUGGCGGAUUGGGAGCUGAGCGUUUCGGCGAGGGAGAUGCUUGCUGAUAUUGUAAAGUUGCCGGGACGAGAGAAGGAGUCAUCGCUGAUAAAUGGGUGGGCAGCAGACGCGGACGCCGAGGAGUCGAGAUUAUUUUUUGAGUAUGCGGUGGUCAGGCAGGUUGGUGUCUUGGCCGGGAUCGGGAGGGAGGUGGUGAGGUUUAUGAGCGAGUCUGAGUAG